CGCAUAACACCAGCGGCGGAGGAAGGCAACGACAAGGGGGAAAGGACAACGGGAAUUUAGGCUGUGUCCCGUAUUUGGAAUAAGCAGGAGCAGACUGCAGCUCUCCUGCUGGCGUGAAACAAACCAACUCCUCUGUAACCUUCAGCGAGGACCCGCGUUUUGACUGCGAACUUAAUGAGUCACUGUAACUGUUCAGCUGCCCGUGGUUUUGAACUGGGGGAGAAACUAAAGCGACGUUUCGGGACGAAGAAUGGGAUUUAAAGAACAUAUCUGCCAGUACUGAGUUGUGAAAACAAGGGGAUAUUUUUUCCCAGUUGGAUAUAAGAAUAGCGAAUAACGCCGAAACGAGUUGAAUUCAGUCCAGCUUUAUUAACACGGUGCAUAUCAUAUGUCCACUCCUGGAAAAAGGGGGUCAAUGAUGGCAUUUAGGAGCGGAGAAAAGUAGCGUUAACGUUAGCUCGCUGGCUAGCUCAGUAGCUAACCUAGCAGGCUGCUAACUAAGCCUGUGUCGCCCUUCCAUUCCUGGAGCAGCGGAGGGGCGCUGGGGCUUUGUAGCAUUGCGGAUCUGCCUUGCAUUUUUGGGUUGCUGCAGGAAUGGAGAGCCCCAGAAAUCUGCCACAUCUACUCAUGAGGAUUUGUUGAACCACUACGACUUUGUUAUUUUACUAUUCGCCACAAAGAGAAGAGCAGAAAGUUCCAGCAAACGGUGGGAUUUUAUCAAAAUUAGCCGGCCCGGGGCAGCUUGGGACUACUUCUUAUGUGUGGGGAUUGGUGUUAAAAAAAUGGGGAAGUGCUGCACGUCUUAUCCACCUCUUAGAUACUGGACAUCGAGAGGGAGAUCAUGAAUAGGCUGGUUUUAACGCGGAAUUAGCCCCGGCUUGUCCUAAACUCAAAUCCUUUUUUAUUUUCAGGACAUAUUCAAGGUGAGCAAACUUCUUUACGGGCCCUCCUGCGCUCACUAACAGGCCGAGGGGGUGUUUGGUACUCUUCCCUUCCUCUCUUAACUUCUCCAUCAUCAUUACUUCAAAAACCAGCAAGCCGGAAUAAUGUCGGGAGAGGUGCGUUUGAAGAAGCUGGAGAAGCUGAUCCUGGACGGGCCAGUUCAGUCCACAGGCCAGUGCCUGAGUGUGGAAACACUGCUGGAUAUCCUGGUGUGUCUCUACGAUGAGUGCAACAACUCCCCGCUCAGAAGAGAGAAAAAUAUCUUGGAGUUUUUGGACUGGGCCAAACCCUUCACAUCUAAAGUGAAGCAGAUGCGCCUUCACAAAGAAGACUUUGAGAUCCUCAAGGUGAUUGGACGAGGAGCCUUUGGAGAGGUCGCUGUCGUAAAAGUGAAAAACACUGACAAGGUCUUUGCUAUGAAGAUUCUCAACAAGUGGGAGAUGCUGAAGCGAGCAGAGACGGCAUGUUUUCGGGAGGAGCGAGACGUGUUGGUAAAUGGAGACUGUCAGUGGAUCACCACCCUGCACUACGCCUUCCAGGAUGACAAUAAUUUGUAUCUGGUCAUGGACUACUAUGUGGGUGGUGACCUGCUGACUCUGCUCAGUAAGUUUGAGGACCGUCUGCCCGAGGAGAUGUCCAGGUUCUACCUGGCUGAGAUGGUGCUGGCCAUCGACUCUGUUCAUCAGUUACACUACGUACACAGGGACAUUAAGCCCGACAACAUUCUGUUGGAUAUGAACGGCCACAUCCGCCUGGCCGAUUUCGGCUCCUGCCUCAAGCUCAUGGAGGACGGGACGGUCCAGUCCUCUGUUGCAGUGGGGACUCCAGACUACAUCUCUCCAGAAAUCCUCCAGGCGAUGGAGGAUGGGAAAGGCAAAUAUGGCCCAGAGUGUGACUGGUGGUCCCUGGGCGUCUGCAUGUAUGAAAUGCUGUACGGCGAGACCCCUUUCUAUGCAGAGUCCCUGGUGGAAACCUAUGGGAAGAUCAUGAAUCACAAGGAGCGUUUCCAGUUCCCACAGCAGAUAUCAGACGUGUCGGAGGAAGCAAAGGAUCUGAUUCGCCGGCUUAUUUGCAGUCGAGAGCACCGAUUGGGCCAGAACGGCAUUGAGGACUUCAAGCAGCACCCUUUUUUCAUUGGCAUCGAUUGGGACAACAUCCGCACAUGUGAGGCCCCAUACAUCCCAGAAGUCAGCAGUCCUACAGAUACCUCCAACUUUGAUGUUGAUGACGACUGUCUGAAGAACUCGGAGACCAUGCCCCCUCCCUCUCACACAGCCUUCUCUGGCCACCACCUGCCCUUUGUGGGCUUCACAUACACAAGUAAAUGUUAUCUGUCUGACCGCGGUUGCCUGCGGCAACUGACAGGAGUGUCGGGUACAGCAGGUCAGGACCAGUUGGACUUGGAUGUCCAGCGCAGCCUGGAGGACAGCCUGGCCACUGAGGCUUAUGAGAGGAGAAUCCGCCGCCUGGAGCAGGAGAAACUAGAGCUGAGUCGCAAACUGCAAGAGUCGACACAGACGGUGCAGGCGCUGCAGCAUCCAACAAGCGAGAGCCCCAUCAGCACCAACAAAGAGGUGGAGAUCAGGAGUUUGAAGAGCGAGAUCGACAUCCUCAAGAAGCAGAUCGCUGACUCUGGACAACUAGAGAAGCAGCUAGAGGAUGUGACGUUGGCCCGCAGAGACCUGGAGGACUCCUCGAAAUACAUUAAAACUCUAGAGAAACAGAUGAAGAACCUUACACAGGAGAGAGACGAUCUGCACAAGGAUCUUGUGGAUGCCAGUGAGAGAAUGAAGUCCCAGUCAAAGGAGCUUAAGGAUGCUCACAGUCAGCGAAAACUGGCCAUGCAGGAAUUUUCCGAGAUCAACGAGAGACUCACGGAACUCAGGUCGGCAAAGCAGCGUCUCGUUCGGCAGUUGCGCGAUAAGGAGGAAGAAAUUGAGAGCCAUAGUCAGAAGGUUGAGGCUCUCCGCCUUGAGGUGCGAAAGGCUGAGAGGGCCAAGAAGGAGAUGGAGGCGCAGGUAGAGGAGCAGUCAGAAGAGACUCAGAAAGAGAGGAAGCUCAGAGAGCGCAAUGAGCAGCACAGCCGACAGCUGGAGGAGGAGUUAGAAGGGCUUAAGCUUAAGCAGGCCGGUCCUUCAGCUUCUCCGGCCUCAGCUGACCAGACCCAAGAGGUUGGACGCCUGCGGGGAGACUUGGAGAAGAAAACACUCCUGUAUGAGGAGGAACUGGCUCGUAGGGAGGCGCAGCACAGCAGUGAAUUUAAGGCCCUGCGGAAGGAGCUGAGGGAUGCUGAGAGCCAGCAUCUCGCUCUGCAGAAAGAAAUCCUAAUGCUUAAAGACAAGCUGGAUAAGACUCGCCGUGAGAGCCAAAGUGAACGGGAAGAGUUUGAGACGGAGUACAAGCAGAAGUAUGAGAGGGAAAGAAUCCUGCUGACUGAGGAAAAUAAGAAGCUUUCCAGUGAAAUAGAUAAGCUGACGAGCAUGUUUGAGAAGGUGAGCACCUCCAACCGGCAGCUGGAGGAUGAGAUGAGGGAACUGGCUGACAAAGAGGAGAGUGUGGCUCACUGGGAGGCCCAAAUCACUGAAAUCAUCCAAUGGGUGAGUGAUGAGAAGGAUGCUCGAGGAUAUCUGCAGGCUCUGGCCACCAAGAUGACAGAAGAGCUCGAGGGACUGAGGAACACCAGUCUGGGAGCCAGAGCCACGGACAUGCCAUGGAAGAUGCGUCGUUUUGCUAAGUUGGACAUGUCGGCACGUCUGGAGCUGCAGUCAGCCUUGGAUGCCGAGAUCAGGGCGAAGCAGACCAUCCAGGACGAACUGAAUAAGGUCAAGGCCAACAACAUUUCCACAGACUGUAAACUGCAGGAGGUGGAGAGUAAAAACCAGGAACUCUUGGCUGAGAUUGAUCGGCUCAAAAAGGAGACAGAAGAGCUUCGGCUACGAAGGGGUGUCAAGCACCAGGAUUCCCAGAAUUCCUUCUUGGCUUUUCUCAACGCCCCCACCUCAGCACUCGACCAGUUUGAUGUGGACUCGAUGGAUAACUUCACCCCCUCCAACACUCCAUCCCGGGAAGAUGACCCCAAGUCCCACCUCAAGUCCCGCUCACGUUCACCAUCCAUGGCCAGCGAUAUGGAGCCUAUAGAGUUGAUGGAUCAUCCUCCUCGAACAGUCCAGACCCCCACCAUGCGCUCAGGAGGAUACGGCAGCAUUGGACGCUCCUCACCUAAGCCCAAAGCACAUCAGUUUGUGGUGAAGACAUUCAGCACGCCCACUAAGUGUAACCAGUGCACUUCCCUCAUGGUGGGACUCAUACGUCAGGGUUGUACCUGUGAAGUGUGUAACUUCUCCUGCCAUGUAACAUGUGCGGACAAGGCUCCUGCUGUUUGUCCGGUGCCCCAGGACCAGACUAAGGGCCCGCUGGGUAUCGACCCUCAGAGAGGCAUUGGUACUGCAUACGAAGGCCAUGUCAGGGUGCCCAAACCUACAGGAGUGAAGAAAGGUUGGCAGAGGGCGAUGGCUGUGGUGUGUGACUUCAAACUGUUCCUCUAUGAACUGGGAGAAGGAAAAGCAACACAACCAAGUGUAGUAGUCAGUCAAGUCAUAGACAUGAGGGAUGAAGAGUUUUCAGUCAGUUCUGUCCUGGCCUCUGAUGUCAUCCACGCCAGCCGCAAAGACAUCCCCUGUAUAUUCAGAGUGACAGCGUCACAGCUCUCCCCCUCCAGCAGCCACAAGCCCUCCAUCUUAAUCCUGGCUGACAGCGACCAGGAGAGAAACAAAUGGGUGGGCCUCCUCAACGAGCUCCACCGCAUCCUCAAGAAGAACAAGCUCAAGGAGCGGUUUGUCUACAUCCCCAAGGAGGCUUACGACAGCACGCUGCCACUCAUCAAGACAACACAGUCUGCUGCUAUCAUAGAUCAUGAGCGUGUCGCCCUGGGCAACGAGGAAGGUCUUUUUGUCAUCCAUGUCACCAAAGAUGAAAUAAUCCGGGUGGGAGACAAUAAGAAAGUGCACCACGUCGACCUGAUCCCCCAGGAGCAGCUGCUGGCCGUCAUCUCCGGCAGGAACCGCCACGUCCGUCUCGUCCCCACACAGGCACUGGACGGACGCGAGAUCGACUCGCACAAGCUGGUCGAGACGAAAGGCUGCCAGACCAUCGUCUCUGGCCCCGUCCGCAACAGCUCGCUCACCUGCCUCUGUGUGGCCAUGAAGAGACAGAUCAUAUGUUAUGAGGUGAAUAAAAGUAAAGGGCGUCACCGUCGGUUGCGAGAGUUUCAGGCACCAGGUCUGGUCCAGUGGAUGGGUCUGCUCAGCGAGCGACUCUAUGUGGGCUAUCAGUCCGGCUUCACCCGAUACAGUGUCCAUGGUGACAUGUCUCCCAUCAGCCUGCUCCACCCUGAGGACCACACCCUGGCCUUUAUCCCCCAGCAUAGCUUGGAUGCUCUCUGCGCUGUGGAGAUUUCCAGCAAAGAGCUGCUGCUGUGCUUCAGCGCCAUCGGGGUGUACGUGGACUCUCAGGGCCGGAGGUCGCGUCAGCAGGAGCUGAUGUGGCCAGCUGCACCCAUCGCCGCCUGCUACAACGCCCCCUACCUGUCAGUUUACAGUGAGAAUGCUGUUGAUGUGUUUGACGUCAACACCAUGGAGUGGAUUCAGACCAUCCCUCUCAAGAAGGUGCGGCCACUGAACGUUGACGGCUCUCUGAACCUCCUGGGACUGGAGACGGUCCGGCUUAUCUACUUCAGAAACAAGAUGGCUGAGGGUGACGAGCUGGUCGUCCCGGAGACGUCAGACAACAGCAGGAAGCAGAUGGUGCGCAGCAUGAACAACAAGAGGCGCUUCUCCUUCAGGGUGCCUGAGGAAGAGCGACUUCAGCAGAGGAGAGAGAUGCUGCGAGACCCAGAGAUGAGGAACAAGCUGAUCUCCAACCCCACCAACUUCAACCACGUAGCCCAUAUGGGACCAGGAGAUGGGAUCCAGAUCCUUAAAGACCUGCCCAUGAACGUCCGUGUUCAGGAGAACCGUGCAGGCUUCAGCGGUUCAGUCAGUAUCCCCUCCAUCACCAAGAACCGGGGUGAGCCAGGCCGCUCUAUGAGCGCCAGCAGUGGACUGGGCAUCCGCUCGUCCUCACAGAACGGCAGCGCCUUGCGCAGAGAGCUGUCAGGCGGAAGCUACAGCUCUAAACGUCAGACCAUGACGUCUCCCUCUGAAAGCUCUUUGUCCUCUGGUGGAGGAAUGGACUGCGGUGAUGCGCCACUCUCACAGUUUGACAGAGAGUGGCAGGCGGUCUCACCGUCGGAGAAGACCCCCGAUCUGAAAAGGGCUUUAAGGACCCUGCUUAGUAAGAUGAAGGACUCGGACUCCCCCCGUCACUCCACGGCCUCCAACAGCUCCACCUUCAGCAGCCCCCCCAGCCCGGCCUCCCCACACAAGACCAAGUCCCUGUCCCUGGAGAGCACAGACCGCAUGGCCUGGGACACAUGAGCCUCCUCCAGCCUCGUCGUCCACUCAUCAUUACCAACGACCGACCGACUAACGACAGACUGACCGACAGCACAGGACUCCAAACCUUCCUCCUCCUCCUCCUCUUCUUCUUCUCCUUCCUUCUUCUUCCUCCCCUCCCCCCCGUCCCCCCUUCACUGCCCAGUGAACUGCACCUCCUGCUCCCUCCUCGUCGACGUUUGUCCCACUUCACCGCUUCAGUUUGUCUCUCGCCGCAGCUCCGGCGAGAAACUGAGGGAGAAUCUGAUCCUGUUUCAACGCUAGUGCUGAUGUCUGAACGUCUGAGUGUGUGUGUGUGUGUGUGUGAGUGUGUGAGUGAGAGAAGCCAUCUUGUGCUUGCCAGUGUGUGCGUGUGUGUCUGUGUGUGUGUGUGUGUGUGUGUGAGUGUGAGGACGGAUGUGAUAGGAAUGAAAAACUCUGCCCCCGAUCACAAACAAACAAAGAGAGGAGGAUUAUUGUUGAAAGAAAAUGAUUUGUACUUGUACAUAACACUACGACCCUCUGGGUUUUAGGGGACGAUGUUUUAAUUUAUUUAUCGAUCUCAGAUGAGGAAAAGGGACGUUUGCUUCUUUAUGGCCUGAAGCAGACGAGUGGAGUUUAGACUCCUCACUCCCCUCUGUUGCUUUCUCUUUGGGUGCUGCAAAAAUAAGAAAACAAAAAAAAGAAAAAAAAAGAAGAGAAAGUGAGGAAAAAAAAAACACUAUUUUUCUUUUUUAAAUUUUUUGCUCAUGAAUACUAAGUGCAGUGAUCUUUAUAAUAUUUUUUUUAUUUUCGACCGCCGGUAUAUAAAAAAAAAAACAAAGCUCCGCGCUGCGCUCAUAACAAACCGUCGUCACGUCGCGGCUCCGCCUACUGUGCUACUCUUCUUCUUCCUCAUUGGUCCGGUGCGAGCGGCGUCGUCCACCGUGUAGCGUAGAUGUUCCACUUUGCUGUAAAACCAAACUGACCAACUCACCACAGACUCUCCCAUCACAAUAAUGUACAUAAGUAGAGAGUAAUAUAUGAUAAUGUAGAAAACUACACGGGAAAGUCAAAUAAUCCUCUGUUGACUUUUUAUUUCUGUUUUGUUUUUAGUGAUUUGAGGUUGUUUUCACACACACACACACACACACACAAAAAAAGCCAUUUUAAACGACUUUUCUUUUUUUAAAACGUUUGAUUUUAGAUUUAUUUUUAUUGUUUGUAUGACACGUGUUUUGUGUUUAUUCUUAUUUUUCCCUCACUUGGUUUGAAUUUGAGUGAAGAGCAGCGACGUCAGGACCCGUCAUGUAGCGUGAACACAAACACACACACACACACACACACUGAGGUGGUGUUAUUAUGCAGCAGCAGCAGCAGAUGCCUUGUCGUCCUGCUGCUCCUCCUCUGACCGUCAGAGGUGAAGCAGCUGCGAUCAUUGACGUGUGUUUCUGCUUUUUGUUCCACUGUGGCACCUGUGUGGAGAGCGUGAGUCCUUCUGCUCCUGGGAAACGCCAAAAAAGAAAGAAAGAAAGAAAGAAAGGGAGGGACUUUGAGACGCCAUUUUCUUUCUCACAGCCUUUACACGUCCUCGAGAUUGUUAAAAAAACAACGAGCUCUUCAUUUAAGGGUCCAGUGUGUGAGAUUUCACAAAAUAAGUGCAACACAGCCAAGUGCAAUAUUCAGAUUGAAAGACACUGCUGUUUGUAUUAUUGUGACAAAAUGACACAAAUUCACUGGCGAAAAUGACAUUUAAGUGCUCGUCCUAAAUAUGAUUCAUAUCCCAAUCACAAUAUCAGUCAAAAUAAUCACAAUAUAUAUAUUUUUUUUACGUAUUGUGUACGAGUGACAUCUUACAGUGAGACGAUGACCUUCACAUUCUACUUCUACUUCUCCGUUUGCAUAAUAAUCGUCCAUGUUCUGACUGAUUAGUGCAGUCAGGCUGCUGUAGAAACUUCUUUGCUUAAAGUACAUCUAUAUAAGUCUUAAUUUAAGGCUACAAGCACCAAAGGACGGUUAUUUUAAAGCGAUUGUACACUCACUAUACCUAAAUGUUACACACUGGACCUUUAAAAGCUGAAGAAGCUCGUGUAAGAAUGUAAAAAAAAUCAAAUAAAUAAAAGUCAGAGCGAGUGUCAGCACUUAGGUUUCUGAGGAUAAAAUAAUCCCAGUGCUUCCCGUGGUUGUUGUGGUUGUUGAAUGGAUCUCUGUGGCAGAGUGAAACAGUGUGGCGCCUCCUGGCUGCGGAGCAGAGCACUCGCAGCCAAAAUAAACCCCCCAGUUACCUCCGUUCCUUCGUCUCCUUCACUUCACACAAACUGAAGAGUAUUUUUUUUACUCGUUAAACACACAACUGUGACCUGGAUUUACUGUGGUUUUAUGUGCAGAGAGAAAAGAUCAGUGUGUUGUGACUGUCGUUGGCGAUGAGAGCAGAGGGAUCACACACACACACACACACACACACACACUGAAUGCUCCUACAGUGCAGCGUCCCGGCUCACAAUCCUCCGCUUUAUUCCGCUUGUCUCGUUUGUCAGAAAGGGAAACAAAACUUUUAAAGUACUUCGGCGCACAUUCCUGCUCCGCUCAAACACAAAGUAGCUCCUAACGACACAUUCCAUGUGUUUCAUUUCACUGCGUAUGUGAACGUAGGACAGAGAGGUGUGGAGCCCCCACAGUGUGUGACACAGAUGUGUUGUUUUUUUCUUUUUUUAUUAUUAUUAUUAUUAUUAUUAUUGUUAUUAUUCCAAAACAGCCACCUCUCAGAAAUGUUUUUAAGCUAUCAGCUCUCCUCGGUCCCUGCUGGAGUAAUUGUGUAAGAAUGUAUUUCUCUAAAGACCGAGGAAACGCCUCACGUCUGGUGUUUGAUUUUUCAGCCCUUAUUACUAUUAUUAUUAUUAUUAUUAUUAUUAUUAUUGUACAUAGGACCUGAUCCCAGACACAGAGAGAUAGAGAGAGGAAGAGAAACUCAGGAAAUGUCAGAACCAAUGAAUUAUUUUCAUUUAGAUGAGAGAAAGAGUGAUUGAAUGAUGGAUGGAGGAGUGAGUGAUUGAGGGAAAUCUGGCUGUGAUGUACAGUAGAAGAAAAGAAAAAGAGAUGAAGUGUUUGUGGGGGUGAAGGGUGACGGCGGUUUGACGGCUGCUGCGGUGCCACAGUCAAAACAUUAAAGAGGAAGAAAAAUGUUUGUUUUUUUUAAAGAAAAGUCAAAACGCCUUUGCAUUUCAGUGAGGUCUUAUCCACAGUACCUUCUAUAUUAUUUUGCUCUUUCAUAUCAUAUUACACUUUUUCUUUUGUUUUCAUUUUCUAGGAUUGCUUUGUAAUAAUUUGUACAGUUUUGCAUGUUAUAGAUGUAAUCAUCUUUUGUUUUUGUUUUUUUUUCUUUGGUUUGUUGUUUUACUUGGACUUGCUCCUUUUUGAACGGUUUGGGCGUUUUACUGAGGAUAACCCACUACAGGUGAUGUAGAUUCUUUUUUGCACAAAAAAAAUAUUUAAGGUGUAAGGUCAAAGCAAAAAAAAUAAUGUAUGGAACUGGCUGCCACACUUAUGUGGAAGAACUCAUUAUAUUAACCUGACUCCGAUGUAUUUCAAUAAAGCGGAGGGCUGUUACAAAUA